UUUUGUUUUUGCAUGCAUGUUUUUCGUAUUGUUUGACAAUUUUUUUCUGAAUUAAUUUCAAGUUUUUUUUUUAUUAACGAGACCGAGAUAUGGAUUCCAUUCAAACGACUCCGGUUAGAAGUCGGCAUCAACAUAUAGCCACUCCACAUCGACCUGCUAUUCGUGGACCACCAACAAUAAAAUCAUCAACCCCAAUACAACAACAUCAAAAACAAUCAUCGUCAUCAUCAUCUCAAGAACAACAACAACAACAAACAAACGAUAAUGACGGAGAAACAAUGGUGUGGGAUGAAAGUAUUCCCAAACAUACUCGUCAUACAUUAGUAUUUCGUAUGCUAAAACGAACACAUGAAAUGUUCAUCAGCGAUAUGAAUUUGUUGCCACCAUUUGAUCCAGAAAUGCUAAAUUUUCGUCAUAAUAUUAAGGCACGUGACCAAUAUGGACCAUUGUUAUUGAAUACGAAUUCGACUGGAAAAGAUGACAAGAAAAUGAAUGACAAACAUAGCCAAUCGAAAGCAUUAGUAUUAAAAAAUGGAAAUGAAAAUCGUAUCUCAAAUCAUGGCAAUAGUCCAAUUGAGGAAUUGAAAUCCAAAUUACCGGCUCCAAUCAAUCGACAAUCACAGGUUGCUGUGGUAACAACCAAUGACAAUAACGAUAGUAAUGAUAAACACACGAAAUCUGGUCAGGUGGUAUUAGCUUCUGGUUUAACGAUUGCACCUCGUAAACCAGUACAGAUGCCUAAGCCUGAAUGGCAUGCACCAUGGAAACUAUAUCGUGUUAUAUCAGGCCAUACUGGUUGGAUACGUUGUAUAGCCGUUGAACCGGGCAACGAAUGGUUUGCGACCGGAUCAAAUGAUCGUAUUAUCAAGAUUUGGGACCUAGCGUCAGGCACAUUGAAACUUUCAUUAACGGGUCAUAUAUCACCUGUCCGUGGUCUGGAAGUUUCACCAAGACAGCCAUAUCUAUUUUCAUGUGGUGAAGAUAAAAUGGUCAAAUGUUGGGAUCUUGAAUACAAUAAAGUUGUUCGUCAUUAUCAUGGCCAUUUAUCUGGCGUUUAUUGUUUAUCGUUACAUCCAACAUUGGACAUUUUGGUUACUGGUGGCCGUGAUUCGGUUGCACGUGUGUGGGAUAUGCGUACGAAAGCACAGAUUCAUUCACUUGGUGGCCAUUCGAAUACGGUUGCAUCGGUUUUUUGUCAAGCCACCGAUCCACAAGUGGUGACCGGAUCUCAUGAUUCUACUAUCCGAUUGUGGGAUAUUGUGGCCGGAAAAACAAUGGCAACAUUAACGAAUCACAAGAAAAGUGUACGAGCACUGGUUGCACAUCCUCGUUUGAAUACCUUUUGUUCUGGAUCGAUAAAUUCAUUGAAACAAUGGACAUUACCCGAAGGACGUUUUAUACAGAAUUUGAAUGGCCAUGAUUCAAUGAUCAAUGCAUUAGCAGUGAAUGAUGAUAAUGUUCUCGUAUCAGGUGGUGAUAAUGGUUCAAUGUUUUUCUGGGAUUGGCGUACUGGCUACAAUUUUCAACGAUUACAGUCCAAAGCACAACCAGGUUCAAUCGAUUCAGAAUGUGGUAUAUUUGCUUUGCAUUUCGAUCAAAGUUCAUCCCGUUUGAUCACCGGCGAAGCGGAUAAAACAAUCAAAAUCUACAAAGAAGAUGAAAUGGCAAACGAACAAACACAUCCGAUUAAAUGGGAACCAGAACUAUUGAAACGCAAACGUUUCUGAUUAGACAAACAUUGAGAAACACAGAAACAUUUACGAAAUGUAUUGAAACAUGCAAAUAUUGAUUUGGAUUUUGAUUGCAAUAAAAAUCAAUUUUUUUUU